GAGAGCAUGUCGUUUAUGAAAAUUGAGUCAGAAAAUAUUUGGAUAUUAGGCUGCUUUCUGACGCUCAAUAUGGCGCAAGAUAUGUCCUAUGGGAAGCUAAAGAUACUCUUUAUAAACAUCAUUGCCAUAUUGUACAAGGCGACCGCUUUGAAUGUCCACCGAUUGCAUUCGGAUUUGCGCGAAACUAAAGUGCUGGUCAAUUCAGCCAAGCAGGAGGUCUGGAUACGUGAACUUUUCAUAUUCCUCAUAUCUGGGUUGAUUCUAAUGCGCUUUCUAAUGUGUUUUCUUGGACUAGCGUCAAAUAUCGUUGCUAUUUAUCCAAUUUUGACAAAUUCCCAGCCGGAACUGCUAAUGCCAACAAUUAUUGUGCAGGUCCUUGAUAGUGUAGUAUUGCACAUUUACGAGAUAGUUUUGGGCUAUUGCUGUUUAAAGUACCUAUACUCUCAAUCCUUUGCUGUAUUUGCGAUAUUCCUGGCCAAGAUGACCAUCAAGGCCACCUGCUGUAUAAUGGUGCUUAAUAUCUACUCGGAGAAGCAUCAUCAGAUGACAACGAAUGUGGCCUACACUGAGAAUGGAGUCAAUCUUGAGCGCGACAGUAGCGAAGAAUUUGAAAUAGCCCAUCAACAUUUUCGGCCCAUCGGUUAGUAAUAAAGAGUGAGUG